AUGGAUACGAUGCUAAAUGUAUGGACGAUAGUGGAACAAGUCCGUGUGGCCGGUGCAGCUGAGCUAGCAAUCUUCACGGCAAUACUUUACUGGUUCUUUACUUCGAGCCGUGUAGCUGAUAUGUUGGAGGUUGUGGGGGAGAGGGUAGGAGGCUGGUGUGGUCGGGAGCCAGGCUCGUUAAGGCAGGCUGUUCGACGGAAACGACAUAAUGACGUGUACUCUAAAAUUGAUGCUGAAUUUACAUCAAGAACUUCGUCGCUCUACAGGCUGAAGGAGGAGAUCCAAGUACCACCUCCUCAACCCGAGGUUAGACCACCAGCCGGGCUUGCAUGCUCAAGAUGCGCUCCAUUAUCAAGGGAUUCCUGGAAAGAUCCAAGGUCCGAAGAGGUAGGAAACGUCAUCAAUAUCCUCAACAUAGGCAGACAGACAUUCGCCAACGGUGGUGUGGUCUCCCGAUACUUAUGUGACUUGGCCCAAUGUGUUCACCUCAUCAACUACGACUAUAAGGACGUACUGCCCAAUGUUUCGAAAGACAAGCGUUUCGUUCGUGCCAUAGAAGACACCACUCGCGAAGAGAUGAAGGCAAAAGCCAGUGGCAGCAGCGAGGCUUAUGAUGAUACUAAAAAAAAAGUUGAAUCUCGCGCUAUGAAAAUAUUAAAAGAUAUUUCAUCAGCUAUGUCCAAUAAUAUAUUGAAGUUAGUGGCGUGGUUGUGUCACAAAGCCAUUCGUCGUAUAGCGCGCGGCGGUUGCGGCACGCGUGCGUCCUGCGUGCAGCGUCUGCGCCGCGCCAAGGCCGCAGGGCUGCCCUUAGUAUUCGUUCCCCUCCAUCGAUCUCACUUCGACUACGUGCUAGUCACGUUUACACUCUACCUGACCGGGUUAAGGCCGCCUCUGGUUGCCGCUGGUGACAAUAUGCGGAUACCGUUCUUUGGUUGGUUCCUACGUGCGUGCGGCGCAUUCUUCAUCCGUCGUAGAAUCGAUGGCUCGGAGUAUCACGGUGAUCCUCUAUACAAAACUGCUUUGAGAGCGUACAUACUCAAUAGUCUAGCUGCUAACAAUAAUCUGGAGUUCUUCAUUGAGGGCGGAAGAACUAGGACUGGGAAACCACAACUGCCGAAAGCGGGUAUAUUAUCGGUAAUAAUGGACGCAUACUUAGACGGUACUAUCGAUGACGCGUUAUUAGUACCAGUUACUCUGAACUAUGAUAAGCUAGUGGAUGGAAACUUCGUGAGGGAACAGCUCGGGAUGCCGAAACAGAUGGAGACGUUCUGGUCCGCGCUCAGAGGAAUAUGGAGGACGCUUAAUACUAAUCACGGCAGUAUACGAGUGGACUUCAACCAGCCUAUAUCGUUGAAGGAGCUGGUAACAUCAUUCCAAAGGUAUAAUUAUCUGAAGGCCCCAAUAGAAGCGCCAUUAAAGUCUAGCAACAACCUAGCAGAGAAUCUAGACCGUCAGAUCCUGUACAACCAUAGUCACAGUAGUCUGUACGGAAAUGACGUUAGCACAGACCAUAAGAUGAUGGUUGAAGCCAUUGGCAGACAUCUUGUGUAUGAUGCCGCUCAAUCGACGGCCCUGAUGUGCACUAACGUAGUGUCAUACGUGCUGCUGACGGAACAGCGGCAGGGGUGCUCCAUCAGCGGGCUGCAGGAGAGCGUGCGGGCCAGGGGCGCUACACUGAGGGCUGCGGGCCGGGACCUCGGGUACAGCGGGGAGACGAGACAUGUGGUGGCUAGAGCGUUGGAGACCCUAGGUAGUACCCUAGUUCGUUGGGAAGGCUCCGGUUCUAAACGUAUCGUCAAGCCCCAGAAUUCUGUAGCAGCGUCCUUAGAACUAUCAUACUACGCGAACGCGGUAGUCGCCCACUACGCCGCUUCAGCUAUCGUGGUGACAGCCCUAGAAAGUAUAAUACGUAAGGAAGGAGAGGAUGUUCCUAUCAGACACUCACACCUCAUGGAGGCAGCCCUGGAAUUAAGCGAAAUAUUGAGCCAGGAGUUCAUUCUAUGCGCGCCCUGCAAGAGAAUUGAGGAGAGAUUAGACGAAGCGGUUCAAGAAUUACUUCAGGCUGACGUACUAAUUAAUAUGGAGAAACAAGAUGUCCUUGAAGAAGAACGCUGGGCGCGAAGGUUCGCUAAGACUUUGGAUGAUGAAGACGACGCGCGACCACACGCCGCGGACAUCAAAUACACCGUCGGGAACACGAAGCACGCUGUCGCUGAACGUGUUCGUCUUCUUCGUACAAUCCGUCCUUUAUUGGAGGCCUAUUCGUCGGCGUGUCGGUGUGUGAGUGAGACAGCUGUUAAUGAUCUAGUUAAGACAGCGCUUGAUAACCUCCUAGAAGCGACAAGCCAAGGAAAAUUGAUAUAUGGCGAGGCUGUUUCUACGGACGCGAUACGGAAUUGCCUCAAAUUACUGCGCCAGUGGGGAGUUAUAGAAAUGUAUUCAGACAGUCGCGUGAGAAAAAUAAAAAUAUGUCCACCCUACACGAACAAAGACAAUCUGGAGAAUUACAAACGUGAUGUCUAUGAAGACACGGAGGUGAGAGGUCCGUUCAAUGUGAACAAACUGUCUCGCUUCGUGGAGCUCGUGUUGGUGGCCGACUACAGGGAGUUCAGAGCUAACGGGGAGAGCAAGGAGACGGUGCACAGGCAGCUCAAGGAUGUGGCUAAUAUUAUUAACUCUUUGUACAGCCCUCUAAAUAUUUUUAUAUCAUUAGUUGGCGUUGUUGUUUGGAACGAGAAAGACGAAAUAGUUUUGGAUGAGGACGGAGAUAAUACUCUCAAAAAUUUCUUACGAUACAGAAAGCAAACACAUUCUAUGUUACCCAAUGAUCAUGCCCAUUUAUUGACUCACCAAAGAUUUAUUGACGGUGUUAUGGGCAAGACUAAUAAAGGAAGUAUUUGCACAUAUGAAUAUUCUGGAGGUAUUUCAACGACACAUUCAGAUUUGAUAGGAUUAACAGCAACUAUGGUGGCCCAUCGACUGGGACAUAGCCUUGAUUUGGAACAUGACACAGAGGAAUGCGAGUGUUCGGAUCAAAGAUGUGUAAUGAGUAGUCAAAUCAGUGGUCAAUAUAGAGGAAACAGGCCAGUGAAAUUAUUCGAGCCUUCUACUUGCGGUAAUGGAUUCAUCGAGCCCGGCGAGCAGUGUGACUGUGGCCUGGCGGGUGAUCCAGCCUGCACCGCUUGCUGUCACCCGCGGGCGUGCGUGUUACGCUCUAACGCGACGUGCGCGGCGGGAGAGUGCUGCGAUACGACGACUUGUCGUCCGAAGCCGGCGGGGUCGGUGUGCAGGGCGGCCGACAAGGAGUGUGACCUGCCCGAGUAUUGCAGCGGACACUCGGAGUACUGUCCGAUAGACGUGUACAAGAUGGAUGCCACGCCUUGUGGAGGGGGGAAAGCGUUUUGUGUUGGUGGAGAUUGUCGGAGUCACGAAGACCAAUGUCGAUUGCUCUGGGGUGUGACAGGAGAGAAAGCUGAUAAUUAUUGUUAUACUGCUUUGAACACGAAAGGUGAUCGUGGAGGUAACUGCGGCUAUAGUCUUCAAGAUACAGCCAGUUACGUCAAAUGUUUUAAAGAGGACGCACUAUGUGGUCUGCUUCAUUGCAAAAACCAUAACUAUAAUCUGGAAUUUGGGAAGGAGGGUGCUGUCAUUUCAAGCACAGUUUUCGCACAGAAUAAUGGAUCACAUAUAACAUGUCUUACGGCUAAGAUUGAUUUGGGUAUAAAUGAUCCAAAUCCAAGUUUUGUUCCCGACGGGGCUAAAUGUGGCCAAGAAAAGAUGUGUUUGAAUCAUAGAUGCGUUCCAAUAACGGAAGUGACGGCAGAGAUCGCUCGUAAAGAAACAUCCGUCUGUCCGUCUGACUGUUCGGGUCAUGGAGCCUGUAACUCAAAAGGUCAUUGUCACUGCGAGCCGGGUUUCACACCUCCACUAUGUACUCCGGCACAUCCAGGAGGAUCCGUUGAUUCUGGACCACCGCCUUACUUUUAA